ACUCAGUUGUUAACACCCCAAAAAAGACAGAUUCUGGUGACUCUCAUGGUUGUUCUAAACAUUUGUCAACUCACCUCUAAUCAACUCUAUACAAGGAUACUACCUUUACACCUCCCCUCGUGAUCCUUCCUAUCUACCAGUGGGUUUGUCGCUGAUUGUAAAAUUUUAUCUUUGUAGUAGAGCAUGUGGGGAUGACGUUUUUUAUUCUUUGCUCUCUGGAAUUACUUCACUGAUCCCUCAGUCAAUACUAACUCUACCUUUCAGGUCUACAGAUGGUGAUGACUGACACAUCAGAUAAAGCAGGUAGAGCUGCUGCUUUGGGUAAACUUGGUCUAGCUUUCUCUCUUGGAAUCAUGGCUGGUCCACUCAUUGGUGGCUUUGUCACAGAGAAGUUUGGUGACAAUACAACUGCUUUUUUAGCUUCAAUAUUGUCACUGGUAUCUGUUAUAACAAUACAGAUGUUUUUACCCAAACACACAAAGUCACUGAACAAGCUAGAUGCUGCAGAUUCCAAAAGCCAAGACAAAUCUAUUCUUACAAAAACUUAUGACUUGUUAAGUAUACCACAAGUGUUGUACAUGUUGGUGGCACAAGCAGCUUCCUUAGCGCCAGCAAUAUUGAUCCAGGCCUUAGGUCCAGUUAUAAACAUGGAGUAUUUCAAAAUUGGACCAAAGGAAAAUGGUUUGUUUCUUGCUGGGAUUGGUGCAGCCUCUGCUAUGGUUCAAGGUUUUGGAAUUGGUAUGCUCUUAAAAAGGUUUAGUGAAUUUUCCCUUCUAAUUCUGGCUGUUCUUAUUUCUGGGUGUGCCUUUGUUUUGAUGUAUUUUGCCACACAUACACUUUCGUACAUUGCUUCACAAGUGAUCUUGGUAAUAGGAUUCUCCAUAGCACGAACAAUGACAACUUCCAUGGCAACCAAAGCUGUCAGCAGACACGACACUGGGCUACUCUUAGGACUUUGUGCAACAUCUGAAGCACUCAUGAGAACAUUAGCCCCUGGAAUUGGAACUUUUAUGUUGUUACAUUAUGGCUUGGCAUCACUUGGAGCACUGGGAAGUGCUAUUGAGUUUGGCAUGGCUAUUAUACUACUGGCCAAGAAACAAAUUUAAGGCCUGAAUCAAAUAAACAUGAAAAGACAAGCUUUUUAAACAGAACCAUCCUCCCUAAAGGAUAAUUUUGAUUAUUAACCCUUAAACUCCCAUGUGUGACCAAGACAGAAUUUCUCCUUACAAUACCAAUACCAUGUCAAGUAGACAAGUGAUGAGAAUUAUAUAGAGGGUCAACUUUGUUCCCAAGGUCUCUCUUCCUAGGGAGGGGUAGAGGAGACACCCAAGGGAACAACCCUUUUAAGUGCAAUGAAAUAGUGGACCUCUUUAUUAAAACAAAAAGGAUUUCAGAAGUAACAUGUAGUACUAGGCAAAUUAAAGGUACAAACAUAUUGGAGGAAAGUAUCAUUUUAUUAAUUUACAUCAAGUGACAUAACUUACCGGUAUAUUUUACAAAAAAAAAAAAAAGACUGAUUUUACAGAUGUUGUGUGAUAUUAUAUAACAAUGCUUGUGAGAAGGCAAUAAAUUAAAGAUAUGUUACAGAUCCAA